AUGUGGGAUAACACAAAAUCACGCGCGUACCACAGGGUUUUCCCUCUCCCAUCGACUCACUCUCAUACUCGGUUGAAAAAAUGGGAACCGUCUUCUUUAUCUCAACCGCACCUUCCUGGCGUCGCUGCUCUGUUCUACUCGCCAUCUACCUCCGGUCGCCGGAAAUUCUCGCGCCAUUCGCUGAGCACCAUUAACUGCAGGAUCGAAGCUGAAUCCCUAGACGAGGAACGCUUGUUGCGGUGCCGUGCUUUGCAAUGGUUUACCGCCGCGGCCGUCGGCGUGGACUUGAUAGGAAGAUCCAGCUCAUUAAUUGAAGUGGCUCAUGCCGCUUACGACAAUGUCAACAAUGUUCGGAAUUUCAGUCUCAAAGUCCUGUCAGAUCUACCUUUCUGUCCGCAGCCAUUCGAAAAUGUGGUGGAAAUGAAGGGAAAUGGGCCUUUCUCUGUCAUGCCCCGAUCAGUCGGGACUGAGGCAUUGCUAGCUUCCGACCCAGAUGUUCUGCCAUGGGUUCAGAAAUAUCAACAUAGACGUGAACCAGUAUCACAAACUGAUUAUGAGGUCGACCUCAUAACCACGCUCACAUAA